AUGUCGUCUAAAUUUCCUGGGAGCCUUGGCCUGCGCACUCCAGGUGCUGCGUCAUACCGAACUGCCAAGAAUUCGGAACCUCUUCGCACUCCAGACGCUGCCAGUGCUUCGUACCGAGCUGCGAAUCCUGCCCUUCUGCGCAUUCCAGAUGCUGCGUCAUACCGCGCUGCUCAUCAAACACAUCUGCACGCACUUACACCCCUUCUAGUACCUCCGACAUCAAUUGAUUCAAAUCACUUCCUACCAUUCGGGCCGCCGACCUUCAUUCUCCUCGAUCACCCAGGCAACCACCGAGUACAGCGUCAGACCACUGGUGCUGCACUGGCGCCUUUGCUACCUCCUCGUGUCGGUGUAUCUGGCACAGCGUCGUGCUCUAGCAGAUCUCGCGCUGUGUCUUCUGGGUCGUCUAUGAGACCGUCGGUCCCUACCACCGAGUUUGCCCCUUCGUUUCCAAAGAUGACUGGUCAUCGUAACGAUACCGCGCUCGUGAAUAGUAGCCAGCGUGCAACAUCGCACCACACCACUGGGGAGUGGUUUCAAAUUUUCAUCGGCACAGCCAGCAUUCGCCCAUUUAUCAUCCAUCUACCCCCAUACUGGAGUUUCGGUGGUACCCAGUAUGGGUUAUCGCAAGUUUGCCAAACCGUAUACUACCACAGUGUCGUGCAACCUGGCACCGCAAUACGUCCUAGACCACACUCCAAAACCCAUCGCGCUGUCUCCUGGGGUGGCAAAGCCAAAGAAAACGAAGAUUAUUCCCGAUUUUGCCCAGGUCCUGCAGUAUGUGCAGACGUCCAGCAAUGGUUUCCGCAUGCACCACAUUCAAAAGGUGAUUCUGUUAGUGGAGAAAAAGCCCAAAUACCACAAAAGCAACUGGUCCGUGGGCUGUCCCCUUUCAAAGAAUCCAGCGAUCAAGUUCGCAAGCAAGCGGCCUAUGCCUUCAUGGCCGACCCCAGCCUUCGCAGGAUCAGCACCAUCCUCGCAUUUGGGGCGCGUUAUAGAUAUGCCGAGAUCGCUCGUCCACUAGAUGAAGUUUUGGCUACAUUGGUAGAGACUAGGUACAUGACUUACGGUCAAUGCAAGGGACCAAUACUAGAAGACGUACCGGAUUGGUUGCAAUUAAGUGGCCAGAGUGACAACUCUUUUGAGUUGCUAGACCAUGAGGGACUGUCAGCACGGGCUUUCGAGAUCACAGCACAACGAAUUAAGAGACGAGAGAGGGCACUGUGGAAUCUAUGA